AUGGCUACCCUCUUGAGAAGGUUUGCGAGAGCCACUCCGAUCGCGUUCGCCGCCCAAUCCAACUCCUCUCAUUCCAAUCUCCGCCUUCCCUUCACUGCUAUCGCCGCCAUUUCCGGCGGACUCUCCUUCCUUUACUACCAUUCCUCUCCCAUCCUCGUUCAUUCACAACAAACAGAACAGGAGGAACGUAGAAAUAUCGCGCUCAAUCCGGAUAAAUGGAUCGAGUUUAAGUUGCAGGACACUGCCAGGGUUAGUCACAAUACGCAGCUAUUCAGGUUUACGUUUGAUCCCGCUCAGAAAUUGGGUCUGGAUAUUGCUUCUUGCAUCCUUACAAGGGCUCCAUUGGGAGAAGAUGCUGAAGGAAAACCAAAAUUUGUCGUACGCCCGUAUACUCCUAUUUCAGAUCCAGAAUCAAAAGGAUAUUUUGAUUUGCUAAUCAAGGUGUAUCCUGAAGGGAAAAUGAGCCAGCAUUUUGCAAGCUUAAAGCCAGGAGAUGUUGUUGAAGUGAAAGGGCCCAUUGAAAAACUCAGAUAUACUCCUAAUAUGAAGAAGCACAUUGGCAUGAUUGCUGGAGGCACGGGAAUUACUCCUAUGCUUCAGGUGAUUGAAGCCAUAUUGAAGAAUCCUGAUGACAAAACCCAGAUAUCAUUACUUUAUGCUAAUAUCUCCCCAGAUGACAUUCUGCUUAAACAAAAGCUUGACAUUCUAGCAACAAGCCACCCAAACUUAAAGAUAUUCUACACAGUAGAUAAUCCUACAAAAAAUUGGAGAGGAGGUUCAGGUUACAUAUCAAAGGAUAUGGUUGUGAAAGGCUUGCCUCCUCCUAGUGAUGAUACUCUUAUACUGGUGUGUGGACCCCCUGGGAUGACGAAACAAAUAUCUGGAGAAAAGGCCAAGGACUGGACGCAAGGAGAGGUUUCUGGCAUCCUAAAAGAGGCCGGAUACACUGAACAAAUGGUUUACAAAUUCUGA